GUUUAUCUCCUAUUUGAGGAGGAUCUUCAUUAAACCAAAUAUCACGUUCACGAAAAUCAUUUUUACUAUCAUAACUAUUAUCAUUUUCUUCACCAAUUGACUCCAAAUCAAUUCCUCCACUUGCACCACCAAUAUAGAAUGAUCCUUCUUCACCACCUUAUUUUUAGUGGAGAAACAGAUAUUGUCCAACUCCAACCGUUUCAAGAAAUUGCAAGGAAGUUGAAAGCCUGUGACAGUGAGCUUACCGGCAGCACCCUCGAACGGACGGUGAGGGCCUUUGGUGGUGGGUCACGGCUGUUGGGUGAACGUCGAUCUGCUGCUUGCUGCUGCUGCUGGAGACACGAUGAACGUCAAUCUGCUGCCCCGCUCUACUGCCUUGUGUUGUGGUUUCUUCUUCGAUCUGCUGCCCCGAUCUGUUGCUUAUCGUGCGUCGCCCUGCGUGCGUCGAUGCGUCCAGCCUGGAGGAAUUCGCCCGGCGGGUUUGCCGGGUCUGCCGGGCUGGACGGGUUGAACGGGUUCCCCGGGUUUGGACGGGCCAACCGUCCAAACGGGCCUGGGGGUCAACCCAGCCCGUUUCAUGCUCCGGGUGCCGGUCGAACCGGUCGGACCGGCCGGUCCGGUCCGGGUUUCAAAACACUGACCCAAACCACCUCCAAUGUUGCUGCCCUUGUCUGCAACCUCCAGGCUUCUGGUUGACAAUGGAAGCGAGACUAGGAGGCGACGCCAUCAAUUGACCGAUGACCUCGAUGUAAAUGCAGAAUUUUGCAGAUUGUUUUUCAUUAGAAAAACAAAAAAGAGAAAAACCAUUA